ACAACGCAAAUCCUCCUAAACCGUCGCUCUUCCCUCCUUUUCCAUUAGUCUCCGUUUCCGCCGGAGAACCGCCAAUGGAUAUCCGCCGGCGGCCGCCCAGAGCUCCUCGGUCAUCUCCCAAUCCCAAACACCACCACCACCACCAAAGCCCUCCUCCACCAUCCCCAACGACCCCCAAAGCGUCUGACGCUCUCCCACUGCCUCUCUAUCUCACCAACGCCGUCUUCUUCACCCUCUUCUUCUCCGUCGCUUACUACCUCCUCCACCGCUGGCGCGACAAGAUCCGAACCUCCACUCCCCUCCACGUCGUCACCCUCUCUGAAAUCGCCGCCAUUGUUUCCCUCAUCGCUUCCUUCAUCUACCUGCUCGGCUUCUUCGGCAUCGACUUCGUCCAGUCCUUCAUUGCUCGCGCCUCCAACGACGCUUGGGACCUCGUCGACGACGAUGCCAAUCACAACUUCCUCCGACCUCCUCCUUGCCCCGCCCCCAAAUUGGUAGCAGAUCCCCCAACAUUGUCUUCCCACGAAGACGAGGAGAUCGUGAAAUCCGUCGUCGAUGGCACGAUUCCGUCGUACUCGCUGGAAUCGCAGAUCGGCGACUGCAAGCGAGCAGCUGCCGUUAGGCGCGAGGCGAUUCAGAGGACGACGGGGAGGUCGCUCCAUGGUUUGCCUCUGGAAGGCUUUGAUUACGAGUCGAUUCUAGGGCAGUGCUGUGAAAUGCCGGUCGGAUACGUUCAGAUACCGGUUGGAAUUGCCGGUCCGUUGUUGCUGGAUGGGUUCGAGUACUCGGUGCCGAUGGCGACGACAGAGGGGUGCUUGGUGGCCAGCACCAACCGAGGGUGUAAGGCCAUCCAUGUGUCGGGCGGGGCCAGUAGCAUGCUCUUGAGAGACGGCAUGACUAGGGCUCCCGUCGUCAGGUUCGGGUCGGCAAAGAGGGCUGCGGAGUUGAAGUUCUUUUUGGAAGAUCCUGUCAAUUUCGAUACUCUCGCCGUCGUCUUUAAUAGGUCUAGUAGAUUCGCAAGGCUCCAAGGAAUUCAGUGCUCUAUUGCUGGGAAGAAUCUCUAUAUGAGAUUUACCUGCGGCACAGGCGAUGCCAUGGGAAUGAACAUGGUUUCCAAAGGGGUGCAGAAUGUCCUUGAUUUCCUUCAAAGCGAUUUUCCUGACAUGGAUGUUAUUGGCAUAUCUGGAAAUUUUUGUUCGGAUAAGAAACCUGCUGCUGUAAACUGGAUCGAGGGACGUGGCAAAUCAGUUGUUUGUGAGGCAAUAAUAAAGGAAGAGGUAGUGAAGAAGGUUUUGAAAACCAAUGUAGCUGCCCUUGUAGAGCUUAAUAUGCUCAAGAACCUUGCAGGUUCUGCUGUUGCUGGUGCUCUUGGUGGAUAUAAUGCCCAUGCCAGCAACAUUGUAUCUGCAAUAUUUAUAGCCACAGGCCAGGAUCCGGCACAAAAUAUUGAGAGUUCACACUGCAUUACCAUGAUGGAAGCAGUGAACGAAGGGAAGGACCUUCAUGUCUCUGUGACAAUGCCUUCAAUUGAGGUUGGUACGGUUGGAGGUGGGACUCAGCUUGCUUCGCAGUCUGCUUGCUUGAAUUUGCUUGGUGUGAAGGGUGCGAGUAAAGAAUUGCCAGGAUCGAACUCAAGGCUGUUGGCGACUAUAGUGGCCGGUUCGGUGUUGGCUGGGGAACUGUCAUUGAUGUCUGCCAUUGCAGCUGGGCAGCUUGUGAAGAGUCACAUGAAAUACAAUAGAUCCAGCAAGGACGUGUCCAAAGCAGCAAGUGAAGGAACAUAAGGAGAGACAAGAAAGGUGGUCCCAACUGUUGCAAAUGAAAGUGGAAAUAAAAGCAAAAAGAGGCUGAGAGAGAGAGAGAGAGAGAGAGAGGAGUAGACACCGAGUUGGGAUGUUGGGGGAGGGAAAAUUUUGGAGGAUGAUGUUGUUGCAUUUGCACAUGUGGAAUUGGCAGCUUCCAUAGCUGUAAAGUUUGCCGCUAAAGAAAAGAUAACAUGGCUAUUUGUACACCCUUCUCUCUCCUUGCCCUUCUUUCCUUCCGCCACCCUCUGCCACUUAGGAUGUUAAUAUGCAUACAUACAAGCAGUGCAGAGAGCCGCCCCACGGCCCACCCUAAUAUAUAUAUAUAUAUAUAUAUAUGGUUUGUGUCUCUUCCUAAUUGUGUAAUUUUCUCGUUUUUCUCUUUGUCCUCUCAUCUUUGUUGUUAGGUGUGGUGUAGUAAUAUGUUUGAGUUGGGAACCGGAUGGCCACGUGGAAAGGUUGCAAGUGGAUCGAUGUUUUGUUUUUUUCUAUUCAUUUUUUUUUUCUCGGUCUUGUCGCUUUUUAAUUUUUUCCUUGUGAAGUUGUGUCUUGUCGCUUUUGUACGCAGUAACUAGAGAUUUUGAAUUUUAAUUGAAGAAUGUAGCUUGUAAGUGAUUUGCCUCA